AUGGAUGUUGGGGAUUUGGUCGAUCUCAGCGAGCGGAGUGACGUGAUCAGCGAUAUGAUCGACGUUCUUGACAUGGCCGAUGUUUUCGAUGGGGGCGGUGUGAUCGACCGCAACGAGUCUGGACAUGCGUUGGGCCAGUUUCAAGGAGGGACUUGCAACGCGAAGCUCAUGGAUGACUCGUGA